AUGAAUGACUUCCAGGAGGCAUAUGAGUCCUGGGCCGAAGCGAACUUCCCAGAGCCAGAAGCAGUGUACAGGCGGGGCCGCAAUCGCCACGACGCCGGCCAUGGAACUCCUGGGGGCCAGACGACCACGAAAGACGAGUGGUCACACUGUGCGGACGCCGACACGCUUCUCACAAUGUCUUUGCCUGAGACGAGAAUACUCCCGAUGCCACUGCAAACAACGCCGCCGCCGCCACCGCCUGCCGAGAACGCUACUGGUGUGGCGCUGCGUCUUAACUUGGCAACAUCGCCGCACUUCCCAGCUGGCCAACAGGCCGCCGAAGCAGAUACACACAGUGCUAUGACCAUCACGCCGCCCCCGACGCCGCCGCCACCACCUGCCGAGAACGGUACUGGUGCAGCGCUGCGUCCCAACUUGGCAACAUCGCUGCACUACCCAGCCGGCCAACGGGCCGCCGAAGCAGAUGCACAACAUAACAUGACCAUUACGCCGCCCCCAACGCCACCGCCACCGUCUGCCGAGAACACUACUGGUGCGGCGCUGCGUCUCAACCUGGCAACAUCGCCGCACUUGCCAGCCGGCCAACAGGCCGCCGAAGCGGUCAAAAACCAUGCUAUGAACAUCACGCCGCCCCCGAUGCAGCCGCCUGCCGAGAACGCUACUGGUGCGGCGCUGCGUCUCAACUUGGCAACAUCGUCGCACUUCCCAGCUGGCCAACAGGCCGACGAAGCACUGGCCAACAGGCUGACGAAGCAGUAA